AUCAAUGCAUAGCUGCCUCUCUGGUGGCGAAAGUAGGGGGGACUUGGCUAAUAAUUCAAUGCGUUUCUUUUCGUUACAUGUACUACAUUAUUUGAGAUGGACUGGGACAUAAAUCAAAAUUUUUGCAAGCAAUUUAGCAUUUGUAUGUGAUAUUUUUUAUUCAUUUCGAGUAACAAGCUAUAUGUAAGUGGCAUUUACUGGAUUUACGUACGCACGAGCGUGGUGAGUGCAUUCACUGGAUUUACGUACGCACGAACGUUGUGAGCGCAAUUACUAGAUUUACUCACCUAUUCGAUUAAUAAACAAGGAACCAUGUCUGACAUUCUGGUCGUGUUUCCCCCACUUACUGCCGACGGCGAAGUGAUUUUUGCAAAGAACGCCGACAGACCGCCGACGGAAGUGCAGGAGGUCGUGUACUACCCUCCGGCAGACUAUCCAUCGGGGACAAAAGUCCAUUGCACCUUUAUUGAAAUAGACCAAGUCCCCCAUACAUAUGCUGUUAUCUUAAGUAAGCCCGUUUGGUGUUGGGGCGCCGAAAUGGGAGCUAAUGAACGAGGUGUCUGUGUAGGCUGCACCGCCGUCUGGACCAAAUUCUGUCAUCCUGGGGAUCACGAGGAAAAAUUGAUUGGAUGCGACUUUGUACGACUAGCGCUGGAGCGGAGCUCUACAGCACGGGAGGUAGUCGAUGUUGUGACCAGUCUACUAGCCGCACAUGGGCAGGGUGGGAUAUGCUGCGAGGAUCACAACUUCGGUCAAUGGACCUACCACAGUGCGUUUGUAGCAGCCGAUGUACAUGAAGCAUGGAUUGUGGAAACUGCGGGAAAACUGUGGGCUGCGCGUAAAGUUAACGCUGGCGUGCUUGCAACAACAAGCAAAUUAACUAUUGGAACAAAUGCGGAUAUAACAUCACCUGACAUUUCUGCUUAUGCCAUAAAUGGCGGCUUUUGGAAAGCGGAAGACGGUCCUAUCGACUUUGCAAAGGCGUUUUCUUCUGAAUACGGUGGUAUAUCGUUAUCAGAGAAACAGACGCCAGAACACAGACUUAACUACAUUGUCAACUGUUUGAAUAGCACAAAUAACGGAAAGGUCGAUAUAAAUAAAGUGUUUGAAAUUCUUCGCAACGAAGAAAGUAGCAUUAACUUCGUAGGCGAGCUACUCACCGUCGGCAGUCAGGUGUCAAUUCUCCCUCGGCCCACGUCCGGUGCCCCAGUCUGCCACUGGUUUACGGCAACCCCAAACACGAAAUUCUCCAUAUUUAAACCUUUUAUGUUCUGCGAGAACCCCGACAUCGGUAAAUGGACCGUCUCGUCCAACUCCGCCGACAAGCCGAGAUCCACGUUCCAAACUUCCGUCGAUCGCCGUCACGCGCUUUUUCGCGCCCACGAGAAAGCAAGAGAAAUCAUGGAGUCCAAAACGCCGGUUGGUGAAAAAAUACACGCAACUGUGCGCCUUUUGGAGAAGCAGUGUGUGACAGAGGUCUUGGAUUUUGUGAAGACCUUCAAAGAAUCGAACAUGAAUGAAGUUCGCGAACUUUUUAACGACAUUGUUGAAUCUGAAAUAAAAUUUUACUCGUAGAAGUUUUAAAUGUUCAUAGUUUAAGAAUAUAUUUUGUUUUUCUAAACAGGUCAGUGUCAAUAUAAGUCAAGAGCAUCGCUAUGGCGAUUCAAACAUUUUUUUUUCAGUCUAUGUGGGAAUAGUAAGUGAAUUGUUGAUUUCUUACAAAUACGUUGUUUGUACUUCGCUAUUUGAAGGUCAUCAAGUGCUAAAUGAAGAGUCACGUGAUUUUCGUCUGUGAACUGUUAUUUUGCGUUAAAUAAUGUUGCAUCGUUUGCAAUCUUACUAAUAGUUACCUGUUUUUAUGUAUAUAAAGAAUAAGAGGAUGUGAUGAACGCAUCUAUGUCAUGUGGCUUCGAGGGCUUUUACUAUAUGUGUUUAUAAAAACUUAUUAUUAAUUUGAAACACAUUGUUUUUCUUGUAUUACUGGAUAACCGAUUAUAUAUCACUCUACAAAUCAUACAUUUUCAGCAAAGUAGAAUUGUUUUUAUGUUUUACAAAAACAACAGAUGAUGUUGCUUUUAGUGUGCUCAUUUAUCGUGUCAAAUAAACCCACUGUACCAAACGUGUGUUUAUAAACAUAAAUACAUUAUUUCUAUACGUAUAUAAUUUACCCAAAUAUCGGGUGGUCAAAGCUUAUUUAUACUUGUUCAUUACUAAUAAAAUAAUUUA